UGUGAAUAGAACUACAGUCCUCAAUAUCAUUCUUUAUCUUGUUUUAAAAACAAUGUCUGCAGAAAAUCGCUACGAUAGAAUUAACUUUCUAGUGAGGAGUCUAUGCGAGAAACUGCAUUACGGCUCGCUGUAGAAGAAGAGAACAGACGAAAGACUGAUCCAAAUGAAACUCACGAACGAUCCAUUAUUAUCCUUGGCAGCAAGGGAGUUGGUAAAACAACAAUGGUGUAUCGAUUUCUUGAAAAAGACGAGAGACCAAAACCGACUAUAGCGAUGGAUUAUUCAUUUGGCCGCAAAAGUGUGAAAAGUUUAGUAAAAAAUAUAGUGCACGUGUGGGAAGUGGGUCACUUGGCUUCUUCUUUGGUAUCUGUCGCAAUGACGGGAUCCACAUUAACACAUUCCCCUCACCACACCGUGUCAUUAAUAAUGCUAGAUUUAUCGCGACCAGAGGAAUUAUGGUCGUCCUUUGAGGAGGCCCUUUCCGUAAUACGAAAUGGUUUGAAAAUGAGUUACGAUUCUGACACAAUUGAAAAAUUACGGGAUAAAAGGGCAGCAGAUAGAAAAAAGGCAUUGGAACGUGGGGUCGACCCGUUUUUAAUGAACUUAUGCAUCAUAGGUGGACGAUAUGAUGAAUUUAAGGAAUUUGAUUCGAGUAAAAAAGAAUUCAUUGGAAAAAUACUGAGAGCGAUAGCUCAUAAUCUAGGUGCAAGUCUUUAUUACUAUUCCUCUAAAGAUAAAUUUCUCAUACGACGACUCAAAGAUCUAUUAUCUCAUUAUGGAUUUGGUUCUCCACUUACGGAGGACAAGUGUACGGAUUAUGAGAAACCGUUAAUGAUGCCGGCGGGCAUGGAUUCCUUCGGACGGAUCGAUUUACAAUUCCCCCAAACGAGACCAUCGGCAAUUUUAGACACUAUCAAACAGAUCUACGUCUCGCGUAUACCGCAAGUGUCGAGGAACGAUGAAAGCACUUUGGAGGAUCCCAGUAACGACCCUAACUUUAACGAGCCUAUUAUCGAUAGACUCAGAAUGCAGCGGGAAGAGGAGAUCAGUGUGCUGUUGAAUGAUAUGAUGGAAGGCCGUAUGCCGAAAAUUCCUGUGCCCGAUCCACUUUAGAAAGCACAUCAUAUAUUUUCUUUAUGUAUGUACCCAUUGCGAUAUUGAAGCAGUAAACGAAAAUAGAUAAUUUAUCUGGCAAUUUAUAUCGUAUUCUACUUUAAGCUUAUAAUAAUAAGCUAAAUACAGAAUUGCAUCAUAAAUA